AUGUCGGCUACGGAGGAAUCGCAACAGCAGUCACUAGAAGGCAACGCUGAAAAUAACAGUAAACCCAGACAGGACCCAACCGAAGGAAACAAGGAGUUAGACGGAUGGAAGGCGGACAGGGCAGAUAUACCAGGUCCCUGGCGCAUUUUCUACCCGUUGUCACUCAAGGAUACUGUCGGCCUAAGCCCAAAUGUAAACCUCAGGCCGUCGGUCCUCUUCUGCGACAUCACUGGCGCAGUAACAGGACCGGAACACCCCGACGCGGGUAAAGGGUCGUUCAUACUCGACGCCGGAGAGAGCGUCGAUAUAGAUGACGGCGAAUCAUUCGUCCACAAUCGCAAAUUCGGCAUGAUAAUCCUCAGCGGGAAGAACUACUCCAACCUCAGGCUAGUACUGCUUGGCAGGAUGUUCUACUCCAAGACGUACGUCCUCAGGGAACUUAAAGGCGUCGUGCGGAUGAGGUCAGCCAUGUUCCUAGGACAAGCCUUUCUGGAGUCAUACGUACGUCACAUACACAACAUCGUACACAUCGUUGCAGAGAAGUCCUGCUGUCACGGAAGCGCUGCACAGGAUCAAAAGAAGGAUCACUGUGGUAGCGAAGGCAACGAGGUGGAUCCGCUCACUUGGGAGUUGCAGCCUCUCAACGCCCCCGGUUCGCCGUUCAGAUGGAUGCAUGGCACAGACAAGUGGAAGCUCCUGGGGCCGUUCACGGCGUACAGGGUUCUGGGACCAGGCGUAAAAGUCCCGCACAAACCCAUGAUAUACGACAAGUACAACAUGAAGGACCUGUACAACAUGGUUGACCCCCUCAAGCUCAACAAAACGCCGUAUACGGCGCCGGAGAAAAUAGAAGAGGAGACAUGGCGGGUGAUACAAGCGUUGUUCGAGCCCACUGACAAGCCAAUGAACGAAUUCCGGGUCACCGACCAGAACUAUCUCAAUCAGCUCCAUGAAGAGAUGGUACAACUCGCUAAACAAGGGCCCGAUUUCUACAAAGGCAACGGCAUCAUAGCUCGGAGGAGCGGAUUUCACGGCGGCCAAGAAGCUCUCAGCAGCCGUUUUGCUUGGGAGGGCUUGGGCCUGGAGGUCGGUCUUGCCGUCGAAGAAGUACACCUGUAG